UGUCACUGUAAAACUAACAAAAAAAGGAAAACCCUUUCCCUUGUUCCUAUUUUUUUAUGUAUAUUGAACACAACACCAGCUUUGCUUUAGAUUUUCUCUUCCCAUGUUCUUCAUUGAGGUUAGCUUCUCCGGGAUUCCAAAUCCUUUUAUUGUCUUGAUUUUUGUUUUCUUAAUUCAAGGUGUAUAUUGGGUUUUCCAUUUUCUUUUCAGGAGAUCUGGCCGCUGCUCUGCCUUGAUCGUUUCGGAUCAAGGGCUAGGCUUUUCUCAGACAAUAACCGAUUCAAUGAGCAACACGAGCUGCCAAUACUCGGAGGUAGACGUUUGUCGUGACGAGUCAGCCGCCUUUUUAAAGCUCAUAGCCAUAGCCUCAAUCCUCCUCGCUGGUGUAGCUGGCAUUGCUAUUCCACUUAUUGGCAGGCAUCGUAAAUUCCUCCGUACAGAUGGGAGCCUCUUUGUUGCCGCCAAGGCCUUUGCAGCCGGCGUAAUUCUUGCUACUGGCUUCGUCCACAUGCUCUCUGAUGGUUCCGAUGCUCUCUCGGAUCCAUGCUUACCAAAAUACCCUUGGUCAAAGUUCCCAUUUUCAGGGUUCUUUGCUAUGAUUGCUUCUUUGGUUACUUUGCUUGUGGAUUUUGUGGGGACUCAGUAUUAUGAGAGGAAACAAGGUUUGAUUAGAGGAAGUACGGAAGAGCAGAGAUGGGUCGGGUCGUUGGAUGCGGAUUCAGAGUCUGGGAUUAUACAAGUUGUGGAUAGGAAGGUUUUUGGGGAAGAGGAAGGUGAGGGCGUGCACAUUGUUGGCAUGCGUGCGCAUGCAGCACAUCAUCGGCAUAGUCAUCCACAUGGACAAGACGGCUGUGAUGGGCUAUUGAGGAGUCGUGGACAUGGACAUGAACAUGGAGGUGGGGAUGAUGAUAGCAGAGUGAGGCACGUCAUCGUUUCCCAGAUUUUGGAGCUUGGAAUUGUGUCACACUCAGUCAUCAUUGGCCUAUCACUGGGUGUUUCCCAGAGUCCAUGCACAAUAAGACCUCUAAUUGCAGCAUUAUCGUUUCAUCAGUUCUUUGAAGGAUUUGCACUUGGAGGCUGCAUCUCCCAAGCUCAUUUCAAAACUCUAUCAGCCACAAUCAUGGCAUGUUUUUUUACCAUUACAACCCCAGCUGGAAUUGGCAUUGGGACUGCCAUUGCUUCAUUCUACAAUCCUUACAGCCCAGCGGCUCUGGUUAUUGAAGGCAUUUUAGACUCUUUGUCAGCUGGAAUUCUAGUUUAUAUGGCUUUAGUAGAUCUAAUUGCUGCAGAUUUUCUGAGUAAGAGGAUGAGCUGCAAUUUUAGACAUCAAGUAGUAUCUUACUUCAUGCUUUUCCUCGGAGCUGGUUUGAUGGCUUCCCUUGCAAUCUGGGCCUAAAUUUUGCUACAACAGAGGAGUCUGUUUAUUAUUAUUAUUAUUAUUUUUGGAAUGCAAGCGGAAAUGAUAAAUUUCUCACUUGUUAAUUUCUUCAACGACGGAAAAGAAGGCUGCAGAAAAAGAAGAAAAAUAUGAAGUAACCUUGGACGGAUGAUACAUUGUAGGCUCCGUACCUUUUUUUCAAGUAGUAUUCGAUUCAAACCGUUGUCACCUCUAGUCUAUGUAUGAACAGCAAUACCCCAAAAGGAAGGGAAUUAAUGGUUCAAUCCUUCGAACUACUCUUUUUUUCCUUCCUUUUGUUCUUUUUUCCGCACCAAGGUUCUUCCAUGAACACUUUGUUACAAUAAUUAGCUGAUAUUUAUGUUAUGUUUGAAUAGAUAUUAAUAAAAGAAAGAAAAGAAAAAGAA